AUGGCUGAUUCAUCUGCUGACCAUGAUUUGGAUCCCAGAUACCGGAUCGACGGAUCAUGUUGGAAAUUCAUUCCGGUCAUCUCCGACGGAUUCUUCAACGAGAAAGAAGGUGAAAGCAUUUUCAAACAUCAGCUCAUUCUUCUGCAACUGCAGUUGGCUCUCAUCUUCAUCCUUGCCACCACCAUUCACCUCUGUCUAAGGCACUUCUAUUUGCCUCGUCUCAUCUCAGAAGUCCUGUCAGGUGUGAUUCUCGGUCCGACGAUACUCGGCCGGUACCUUCCGGAUGUUUCGGCCACCUUGUUCUCCCGACAUGCGGUGAAAGUCCUGUCGACGUUGACACGGUUCGGGUACUUGUUUUUCAUGUUCUUGAUCGGUGUGAAGAUGGAUGUGAACCUUGUAAGGAAAUCUGGUAGAAGGGAAUGGACUAUAGGCUCCAUUGUUAUCAUCUUCCCCAUUCUGUUCAUUGUUUCCGCUGCCCAAACCAUUAGCUUAAAGGUGGACAAGGUCGAAGAAGAUGCCCAGCAAUGGGUUUCUCUUUUCGCAGGCUUGUUCAUGUUAACUUCAUUUCCAGUGGUGGCCAUUCUCCUAAUGCAUCUCAAGAUCAUCAACUCCGAGUUGGGAAACCUUACUCUGUCAUCAGCGUUGAUUAGUGACUUAAUAAGUGUAGUGAUUGUCAAUUUGGAUAAAAUGGACAAGCUAAGUAAAUUGGCGUCGGACCGUGUCGCUCUCAAGUCGACGUUCCUCGUUAUCGUCCUCAUCAUGUUUGUCGUGAUGAUUUUACGAGGGAUGAUAUACUGGAUCAUCCGACGAACACCGGAAGGGAAGCCGGUCAAAGAUGCUUACCUCUUCUUUGUUAUUAUAGCGUUACUAGUUGUUGCAGUUGCUGGUGAAAAUGCUGGACUUCAAUACAUGUAUGGUCCAUUUAUACUAGGCUUGACAGUGCCAACAGGGCAUCCCUUGGCUUCAACACUGAUAGAGAAACUAGACACCAUUGUAGCAGGUUGGAUGCUUCCACUUAUGUCGACUUAUUGCGGAUUCAGAUCGGAUUUGUGGGUACUCAAAAGACGACCGCCUGCUUGGAUAGUUUUUACGGUUACUUUCGGAGUUUUGUUUAAGAUGGCAUGUGGGUUCAUCUCUGCAAUUUGUUUGAAAGUGCCUCUGAAGGAUGCCACUGCAAUGGCACUGAUGUUAACAUCCAAAGGCAUAAUAGAAUUAGGUUGUUUUGCCACGAAUGUAGACAAGACGGAUAUUGACCCUCAAGAAUUCUCCUGGGCCGUAUUGUCUGUAUCGUUUUACGCAGCACUUGUGCCAAUAGUUACCAGAAAGCUUUAUGAUCCAUCAAAGACAUACAGAGGUUACCAGAAACGAACCGUCUUGAACUCGUCUCUAAACGAGGGUGUCCGAGUGCUGGCCUGUGCACAUAGGAAAGAUGAUGCAUUGUCUGCAAUCAAGCUACUUCAACUUACAAAUCCAUUCAUAGGGACUCCCCUGUCGGUUUUCGGGCUUUACUUGGAAGAACUGGUCGGUGGAUCGAGUCCACUCCUCCUUAAUCACCAAUUAGGCCAAAAGAGUUGUUCCGAAGGUGGUCACUGGCAACCGAUCAUCGACGUUUUCAAUCACUUUAAGAACCAAUGCAGUAAACCAACACAAGUUCAAGUUUACACAGCAAUAUCACCUCAAUCACUAAUGCAUGAAGACGUUUGCUGGGUUUCCUUUCAAAAUUCAGUAGCAUUAAUAAUACUUCCAUUCCAUAGGAAAAGGAACAGGAAAGGGAAGAUAAUAGCUGAUUCCAAAGAAUUGAGGGCCUUCAACAUUAGAGUAAUGAACAAGGCACCUUGUUCAGUAGGCAUUCUAGUAGAUCGUGACCGAUCCCGUUGGUUACCAAUGGCGGACAAAUCAUCCACGUAUCGUGUAUGCGUGCUUUACUUGGGAGGCAAGGAUGACCGAGAGGCUCUUGCCAUCGGACGAAGGAUGAAAGGAUGGCCUUCGGUUUACCUAACCGUCAUUCGGUGCAAAGAGGACGAUGCUCAACAGGGAUGGGAAGCUAUGUUAGAUGAGGAGUGCUUGAGAGAUAUAAAACACCAAAGCAGGGAGAACAACAAUGUUUUCUACAAGGAAGAGAUAGCAAGACAUGGGGCAGACACAUCAUUGAUUGUUGGUUCCCUGUUGGACGAAAACUAUGAUCUUAUCUUAGUGGGACGACACUCGGACUCUUCCUCGCCGCUCGUGGAAGGCUUAUCGGCAUGGGUAGAUUUGCCAGAGCUCGGGGCCAUCGGAGAUAUGCUAGCUUCUUCAGAGAUCAGUAAAACAGUUUCUGUGUUUGUGGUGCAACAACAGGUGCUUGGAAAUUGAGUGAAACAUCACUCUUUUCCGUGAGAGAAUUGAAGGGCUGGAUGCAUUCUUUCAUGCAAAGAUCAAUAUUGCUUUAAAUGGGCAAGUGAUCCAAAGAGACCAAGAACAUGCCAUUGGAUUCAGAUAAACACCAACAUUAUCGUACGUUAUGCAUAUGUA